AUGUCUGUUACACAAUCAAAACGUACGUCUAUCAAAUUAUUUCUAGUUGGUUUAUCGAUUACUAUUAUUUAUUUACUUUUUAAUCGAAAGACAAUGCCAUCGAUUAUGAAUACCGCGCCAAUAAUUCUUAAUACUGCAUCAACUAUUCAUAGUCAAUCAAAACCAAAAGCAUUUAUAAUAACCGCGAAUUGUAGUUCCAUACGUUUUAAUGCAACAAAACAAAAUAUUGAACGUGCAUUUCCAAAUUUUUUUAAUAUUUCAUGUUUUUUAACUAUUUCAUUGAAUGAUUCUCGAGUAGAUGCAUCAUCAGCAGUAUUAUUUAAAAAAUGGACAUCAAAUUUAUUAGCAUUCGUUGAUCUAUGGACUUAUGUAAUUCCAAAAUAUUCCGAAAAUGAUGAAUAUGAAUGGUCAUUUGUCUUUGAAGAUGAUGUUAAUUUUUGUGAUCCAUCAUUAGUUUCAUUAAAAAAUUUUAUAAAACCAUUAAAAGAAUUUAUGGAACGUCCACAACUAAAAUUUCAAGAUGGAUUUUUUUAUUUAGGUAUUUGUGGACCAGAAUAUAAUAAUCAGAGUCAAAUAAUAAUAUCAGAAAAUACAAAUAAUAAUUUAAUAAGUAGAAAAGGUUAUGGAUUUUGUCUUCAUGCAACUGCUAUAACAGCAAAACGAUCGAAAAUAUUUUGGGGUGAAAUAUCUUCAUAUAGACCAAAUGCUAAUGAUAAAUCACUUGACUAUCAACUUCGUGAAUAUAGUAUAAAAAGUAAAAAACAUUUUUAUACAUUUGGAACGAAUUUUCAUUAUCCACCUGGUACAGGACAUUUUGGUGUUGCAUUUCAAGAUCGAGGAAAAUUUUGGUCAUCUAUAUCAUAA